GAGGCAUCUCCCAGCUCUACACGAUCUUUCUUUGCAAAGUUAUAGAGUUUACAAGAAAAGCCCUAAAUUCAUUUUUCGUUUUUCUUUCUGUAGCUUAACAAUCCUUUUGUGUCAUUCAAACUGAAAACAACCGAGAUCAAUAUAGAAGAAUGCAAACACUAAAACUCUCACGUUGAAUCACAGCAAAAAUAAACCCUAAUAAGUUGAUGUCAUUUCGGUUACUAUUGUAACUUUAUUUUCCUUUUCUUUAUAAUUUAGAGUGAUCGUAAAAAAUGACGAUACGUCAUGCGAUGUUGGAACAUUUUUUUUACAUCGUCUCAUUCCAAAAGCUUUACUCACGGAACUUUUUGUUUACAUAUCAAUUUUACAGCAAAGUACCCUGCCUGGUGUUAUUACGACACUGAUUAGAACUCAUCACAUUUCAUGUAUAAUUGUGCUUGGGCUUGUACACUGUGAAAAAAGAGGUGUAUUUUUGAUUGGUAUGGAAUUUCCACGUAAAAGGCGAGCCACAAUGCCUUACGAAGGCACCUGGAUUCCAAUAUUAUGCACCCAUACUCGAUGUACUAUGUGUGUACGAGUAUGUUAUGCUCCCGUACCCGACAACUUCGUAUCCGUACCCGACCUUCGCGUCGGGUCGGACACAAAGACACAUCUAUCAAUGGCAUCAAAAUAUGGAAAUAUUCAUUGUAAAGAAUGUGCAAGAGGUAUAAUGAUAUGUAAAGGUUGCGAAACAAUAUAUUCAACAAGUCAUUUUCAACAACACCGUCAACAAUUAGCCCAACAAUUAGAUAAAAUUGUUCACCAACACAAUCUCUUGCAAGAGUUACUUUAUCCAACAUCAUCUUCGUCGAUGCAAGAGAAUAACAUAAAACAAUCGGAUCUUUUGAAAAUAAUUGAACAAUGGAAAUACGAAACAAUAAAAAGAAUAGAAGAUGCAGCUGAGUUAGCUCAACAACAAGUAACACAGUUAAUGAAUGAAACAACCGAUAAAGUGAAAAAAGAUUUUCGAUUAGUUGCAAACGAAAUAACACAUAGUCAAAGCGAAGAUAAUUAUGUAGAACAAGAUUUAGAUAGUUGGACAGAACAAUUAAAUAAACUGAAACAACAGUUACUAACAACAACGCAAACCAUUGAACUUAAUAUUAUUCCAAAUAAUGAAAUUGACUGGUCAUCAAUGAUUAAAAUAAAAAAAUUUAGUUUUAACAGCUUAAAAAUAAUGAAACCAAGUAGAAUUGUCAAUAUUGUUCAUGGAUUCGGUGGAAUCCAACUUGGUGCAUCAGCUAAAUCAUUUGUACAUUAUGCAAUUAGUCAAAAUGCAUUAAACCAAUACAAUCAGAAUGGUCAUGAAAAAACAAUAGGAUGGAAUUUUGGACGAAUAAAUGAUAUAUGUUAUUCACAUGAUUUAAAUCAAUAUGUUAUGAUCACAUCGAAUUCUGUUUAUGCCUACAAUGAAAACAAUAAUCGGAUUGAAAAGAAGCCUAUUCGAUCUGGUAGUGCACCAUACAUGCAGUAUUGGAGUUGUACAACAACACCACAAAUGUUACUAAUUAGUUAUGAUCAUUGGGGAUCAAGAAUAGAGCAAUUUGAAAUGUCAAAUUAUAAAAUGAUAAAAUAUUGGAAUGUAAGUGAAAAUGAAUAUGUUGGAAAAAUUCGAUAUAAUUCUGAUAAAGAUCAGUUUGGAUUAGGGACACACACAUUUAGGACACACAACCAUAGGAGGGAGAGGAUGCAUUACUUUCGAACUUUAGAGAAAUUUCUUUUGAUAUUGGGUAUUAGUUGAUUGGUUGAUUAAGACGGAUAAGGAUAAAACACAAAGUAGAGUCCUACAGGACUGCCGCGAUCCCGACGGGACUAGGACUGGGACCGGAAUCGGGGUUCAAAAAACUAAUUUUCGGGAUCGAGACAGGAUUUUAGUCCCGAUCCCGAUUUUCUCUUAUCACUUUAUACGCAUGAAUCAUAUCAUUUUGUCAGCAUAAUUAGUUCAAUCCACAUUGGAUGUUCUGCUGAUCAGACUUCCGAAACGUUUGUUGUGUGUGAUAGGGCGAGUAAGAGGAAAAAAAGAAAAACCAGAAAGACCAGUUGUGUAUUCGUGAGAGAAUGAUGAUAUAAAGGCUAUUAUUCUAAUUUCAGUUGGCUAGAAAGCUCUUUUCUCGAUACUGUUAUGUCAUACACAAUUGUUCUCUAUUGUUUUCAUCUGCAAGAGACCAUCUUCAUUAUCAUUAGGCUAUAUACUCAUGUGCUACUCUGCAAAAGAAUGAAUGAAGAAAUUAAAAUAGUAUUUCACAAGUCAUUUCAUGUAAGUUACCCAAUCUCAGCUUAAUGAUGGAGUGUUUAUAAAAAAUUUCCAGUUUUCCAGUAGCUUUUGUUUCGGCGAGGGAAGGCUGAUUAGUUGCUUUUAAACGCAGUUGCUUGCAUUGUUCCUCCUAUACCCUAUGAAAUUAUUAUUUCAGCUGUAGGAUGC